AUGAUAAAGCUAAGAAAGAGCAGGUUCCAUACGUCAUUGAAGAAAGAUGUUACUGCUUCAGCACAUAAGACUGGAACAACACUUGGUAAUGGAGAGGCACGACAUGAUAUUCUUGAUCUACCGAAUUGCAAACAGGUAAAGAGGAAGCCGGUCAUACCAGCUAGUACUCUUGAUCAGUUUCUAAAAGAUCAAGGGAUACACAAAGAUGAUGAAACAAAACGUGACAACAACACAACAAGUGAUGUCGAAUUUAUGCAUACUCCUACUAUUAAUGAACAUAACAAAGGAUUGGAUGAUCGUGUGGAACAAGAAGAAUUCAGUAAAGAUAAAUGUGAUGUCGAAAAGGAAAUUGACAUGGAUUGUAGUACAAAAGAAAUGUCGAAGCCAAAAAAAGUUCAAGGACAUACAACAUGUAAGGAUAUUCAUGCAAGAAAUUUGGAAGAAAGAAAGGAGGUUACAUUUGAUAAAGGACAAGCGGUGGGACCAACUAAUAAGAUAGUUUCACAAUUAAGCAACUUUAUAGGAACAAUUGCAAGGAAUCCUAGAUUCAUCAGCUUGAUGUACACUAGUUGGCAUGUGGUGCCAAAGGAUACUAAAAAGCGCAUGUGGGAAUACGUCAAUUCCAAAUUUCUACUUCCAGUAGAAGGAAAGAAGUGGGUGAUGACUGGUCUUCGUGAUGCUUGGAGGCGACACAAGCAAAAAAUUAAAAAGAAUUUUUUUGAUAAAGACAGUACCCUUGAGGAUAUGCUAGCAAAAUGUCCUGAUGGCAUUCCACAUCAUCAAUUCCGCCAGUUGAUCGAGUAUUGGAAACACCCAACUGUUCAAGCUAUAUGCGAGAUGAAUUCUCAAAACAGGAAAAAACAAAAGUGGAGGCAUCGAAUGAGACCUAUUAAUUUUGCUAGAGUACGCGUGGCAUUGCGUGCAGCCAAAGACAACAACGAAGAACCAUCAAAGCCUGAAAUAUUUAUUGCAACUCGUACCAAGACGGGAAAGGAAAUCCAGGCUGAUACCCAAGUUGCAAUAGCUGAACUUCAAAGUCGCCAAAAUUCUGGGGAAACAGCUGAUGAUGCAUUUAGGGCAGUGUUUGGAAAGGAGCAGCCUGGUCGAGUUAGGUGCUAUGGUAGAUCAGUGACAACAAGUUUUUUGAAGAAAGAUGAGGAAAUUAACAAUCUAAAACAAAAGCAUGCCGAUGAAAUCACUUCUCUAAAGGAAGAAUUGAGAGAAGAAAUGCGACAUUUAUUCACUCAUUUGCUGCAAAACAACCCUGGAUUGAAUUUUCAAGAUAUACCCGGGUGUGUUGGAUCUAACCUUGCUUCACCUAUUGAUGCAAGUAGUGCACAAGCUGUAAAAGGCACAAAUCUUCCAUAUUCUUCGGGGUCAGCUCAAGAUUCGGUUCAUCAAAAGGUAUUUUAUAUUUCAAAUUCUCUAUUAAUAGUGUCAAUAUUGUUUUUCUUCUAGUUUAGUUGGUGUUAUUUGUAAUGAAAUUCAAAACUUAUUUUUACUUGUCUAAGUUUAGUCCACCUAUUUAUAGCUGUUAAGAAUGUUUUUGUUUUUGGUUUAAGCAUUCGAAUCGUUAGUUGAAUAAUUGUUCUAUUAGUAUUGUGCAAUUGAGGAGUCUGUGGCUAACACA